UAAAGAAAGAAUGAAAAAAAAAAGAGUAAAAUUAUAAAAUUCUCUCUCCGAUGGCCUAGAAAUAUAAAAUGAAAAGAUAAACCAAACUAGCGGCAAACAUUUAACAGCAGAGCAGUGUCACCUGCACUGGCGGUCGAACAAGCAGAUAUCCGGCGACAAGUGGAUCCGUAAGUAGAUCUCUGAUGACAGAGAAACCCGUCUACACUGCUCUUUCGUUGAUUCCUCCCGUUAACGUUUUUCAGGUGAUCAUUGCUGGAUGUGGAUUGCUUGUUUUUAUGCUGAACUGACUUGGGUUUUGAGGAUUGCAUCUUGGUUUCUUCAUACUUGGCUGAUUACUCUGUUUGGUUCUUAAUGUUGCGACUUGUUUGUCAGGAUGAGUCGCGCGUAUCAUACGCGCAAUUUUGAUGAUGGCUUAUUUCUUGCAAUUGCACGAAAGCUGUUUGUUGUUUUGCCACACCCACCAUUUCUCUGGGCAACAGGGGAAAAAAUUGGGUGCAUAGAACGAGAGAGACAAGCACUUCUUAAGUUUAAAGAAGAUAUUACUGAUGAAUAUGGUGUUCUUUCUUCUUGGGGGGGUGAAGAAGAGAAAAGAGAUUGCUGCAAGUGGAGAGGAGUUGGCUGUGACAACAUAACUGGUCAUGUUACUUCACUUAAUCUUCAUUCCUCACCUUUGUAUGAGCAUCAUUUUACCCCUCUAAUAGGCAAGGUUAGUAAUUCAUUACUUGAGUUGCAGCAUUUGAAUUACUUGGACCUGAGUUUGAAUAAUCUUGAUGAGAGUAUCAUGGAUUUCAUUGGCUCCCUAAGCAGCCUAAGAUACCUGAACCUCUCCUACAACCUUUUCACUGUAACUAUCCCAUAUCACCUCAAGAACCUCUCAAGAUUGCAGUCUCUUGAUCUCAGCUAUAGUUUUGAUGCCAGUGUUGAAAAUCUUGGCUGGCUUUCUCAUCUUUCUUCUUUGGAGCAUCUUGAUUUGAGUGGUUCCGACCUCAGCAAGGUAAAUGACUGGCUGCAAGUGGUUACCAACCUCCCUCGCCUAAAAGACCUGCGAUUAAAUCAGUGUAGUCUUACGGAUAUAAUUCCUUCACCUCUUUCUUUCAUGAACUCUUCUAAAUUUCUUGCUGGACUCCAUCUCUCUAAUAACAAUCUUUCUUCUGCAAUAUACCCCUGGCUGUAUAACUUUAGUAACAGCCUUGCUGACCUUGACCUUUCUGGUAACCAGUUACAAGGUUUGGUUCCAGAUGGCUUCAGAAAGAUGAGUGCUCUUACAAAUCUUGUUCUAUCCCGUAAUCAGCUUGAAGGUGGCAUUCCAAGAUCUCUUGGGGAGAUGUGCAGCUUGCAUACGCUAGAUUUGUGCCACAACAAUCUCACCGGGGAGCUUUCUGAUCUCACUCGGAACUUAUAUGGACGCACAGAGAGCUCGCUGGAGAUUUUAAGAUUAUGCCAGAAUCAACUCCGUGGUUCAUUGACCGAUAUUGCUAGAUUUUCUUCCUUGAGAGAAUUAGAUAUCUCGAAUAAUCAACUGAAUGGGUCUCUACCAGAAAGUAUUGGAUUCCUUUCCAAGCUUGACUAUUUCGAUGUUUCUUUUAAUUCUUUGCAAGGUUUGGUGUCUGGCGGACAUUUUUCUAAUCUCUCCAAAUUAAAGCACUUGGAUUUGUCUUAUAAUUCCUUAGUUUUGAGAUUCAAAUCCGAUUGGGACCCUGCUUUUCAAUUGAACAACAUUCAUCUUAGUUCAUGCCACUUGGGGCCUUGUUUCCCAAAAUGGCUGCGAACUCAGAUAAAAGUCCGUUUGCUAGAUAUCUCCAGUGCUAGUAUUUCAGAUACCGUCCCUAAUUGGUUUUGCAACCUACUGCCUAAGUUGGCUUUCUUAAACAUAUCUCACAACUUGAUGAGGGGAACACUGCCAGAUUUUUCAUCAGUAGAUGCAGUUGAUACAUUCCCUGGGUUUGAUUUGAGUUUUAAUCGGUUUGAGGGUCUACUGCCAGCUUUUCCUUUUAACACAGCCUCAUUGAUUCUUUCUAACAAUUUGUUUUCAGGGCCUCUUAUAUGCAAUAUUGUAGGCAAGGCUUUGAGCUUCCUUGAUCUGUCAAACAAUCUGUUAACCGGACAACUUCCAAAUUGUUUCAUGAAUUGGAGCACACUCGUUGUUCUGAAUUUGGCUAACAACAAUUUGUCAGGUGAAAUUCCAAGCUCUGUUGGAUCAUUGUUUUCCCUUCAAACAUUGAGUUUAAACAAAAAUAGCCUCUAUGGAGAAUUGCCUAUGUCUUUAAAAAACUGUAGCAUGUUGCAAUUCUUGGACCUUAGUAGAAACCAAUUAUCCGGAGAAAUACCAGCUUGGAUAGGAGAAAGCCUCUCAUCUUUGAUGUUCCUUUCCCUUAAAUCUAAUGAAUUCAUUGGAAGCAUCCCACUACAUCUUUGUCAGCUAACAAAUCUUAGGAUCUUGGACCUCUCCCAAAACACCAUCUCUGGAGCCAUACCAAAGUGUCUCAACAAUCUAACUACUAUGGUUCGGAAAGGAGAAGCAGAGACUAUCAUUGACAAUCUUUACUUGACUUCUAUGAGAUGUGGAGCAAUUUUUUCUGGACGCUACUAUAUCAAUAAGGCAUGGGUUGGAUGGAAAGGAAGAGAUUAUGAGUAUGAGAGAUACCUUGGACUGCUGCGUGUCAUUGAUUUUGCAGGCAACAAUUUAUCUGGAGAAAUUCCAGAGGAAAUAACUGGCCUGCUUGGGUUGGUUGCACUGAAUUUGUCAAGAAAUAAUUUGACCGGAGUAAUCCCCCAAACAAUUGGGCUGUUGAAAUCGUUAGAAUCUCUUGAUUUGUCAGGAAAUCAGUUCUAUGGUGCAAUUCCAGUCACAAUGGGUGAUCUGAAUUUUCUGAGUUACUUGAAUGUCGCCUACAACAACUUGUCUGGGCAAAUCCCAUCAAGCACUCAGCUUCAGAGCUUUGAUGCUUCAGCUUUUAUUGGCAAUCCUGCUUUGUGUGGUCUACCAGUCACCAAUAAAUGCCUUGGAGGUGAUUUGCCUCAAAAUCCAGUGAUGAAUGAUGUGAUCCAAGACAAUCAAGAAACUGUUCAUGAGUUCAGUGAUUGGUUUUAUACUGGCAUGGGAAACGGAUUUUGUGUAUUCUUUUGUGGACUUUCAGGUGCUUUACUGCUCAUACGUUCUUGGAGACAUGCCUAUUUCCAGUUUUUGGAUGGAUCAUGGGGAUUGCUCUCUCGAUACUGGCAGCUCAUAAGGCUAGAUAAAAACCACUGCCAAACUCUUGCAGUUAGGUUUUGACAGUCUUUCAGAUUAGGCUUACAAGGAUUCUUUGCCGCCCAAAAAUCAUGGCUCUUUUACCUGUGGAGAAGUUCUGUGUCAUUGGUGUUUGUUGCUGUAAUGGCACAUCACCUUCUCCCUUUGAAUCAUCUAGUUCUACCCGAAGCAUCCAAGAUUUUCUUUCUGCUUCAAUUCUGAAAAUACUUUGAUGUAUUACGUACAGUUAUGCCUGUAUUUGGUGGACAAUUCAAUGCUAUUGCUGGUUUUCGAAUAAAAGUGGAAGAAAGAAUGCACAAGUGAUAUGCUGGAUGAUCUUGAACA